AUGACGGUGAGCGAGCAACAGCCUCUCUUUGGAGAACGGCACGAAGAUACCCACCAUGAACAGGAGGCGCAAGAGCCACAGAGCACCGAGGUAGACAAGAUGAUCAUGGGUGUUAUGAUCCUUGGGGUUUUUUUAUCUUUGGCCUGUGAAUCCUUUGUUGCGUCAACACACCAAGCAAUUGGAUCAUAUUUCAACGCUUUAUCACUUAGUCCUUGGCUGCUCACAGCUUAUAGCACGGGUUAUUGCAUGAUGGUGCCGUUGUAUGGAAGCUUUACGGAUAUUUAUGGGGCGAAAAGAAUGCUGCUCUCUGCAUAUGCCAUCUUCGGUCUAGGCUGCACCAUCACGUGA